AUGUUCAGGAGAGUCGCAGCAGCAGUGCCCGCUCAGGCAGGAAGAGUGCUCGCAACCGCCGCCAGGCCCAGCAUCGUUUCGCCCAUUCGCACAGCAGCACCCGCAGUCUCAGCAGUCACACUGCUCGACCACUACAACAAGCCUCGCAAUGUUGGCUCCAUGUCCAAGACAGACAACGAUGUCGGUACUGGUCUAGUCGGCGCACCCGCAUGUGGCGACGUCAUGAAGCUCCAGAUCCGUGUCGACCCCAACAGCAACACCAUUAGCGAUGUCAAGUUCAAGACCUUCGGCUGCGGCAGCGCGAUUGCGAGUUCGAGUUACCUGACGGAAUUGGUCCGGGGCAUGACACUGGAGGAUGCGUCGAGGAUCAAGAACACAGAGAUUGCAAAGGAGCUUUGCCUACCACCUGUAAAGCUGCAUUGCUCCAUGCUUGCUGAAGACGCUAUCAAAUCCGCCAUCUCCAACUACUACACCAAGAACCCCAACGCACGGCAAACAGACCUUGGCGGCAAGUCGGCGCCGCUGCCAAAGGUGGAGAUUGAGACUGUUUCCUCAGCGACGGCUUAG